GCCUCGCCUCUCACUUGCCGCAGACAGUGUGAGGGAGCUGGGCGGCCUCACCAUGUUUCCCCCGGAGAUCUCAGGAGCCAAACUAGCAAGACGCAGUCAGGAACGAGACAAUCUCGGCAUGCUGGUCUGGUCACCUAAUCAGAAUCUUUCAGAAGCAAAACUAGACGAGUACAUCGCCAUCGCCAAGGAGAAGCAUGGCUACAACAUGGAGCAGGCUCUUGGGAUGCUCUUUUGGCAUAAGCAUAAUAUUGAAAAGUCAUUGGCUGAUUUGCCCAACUUUACCCCCUUCCCAGAUGAGUGGACUGUGGAAGAUAAAGUCUUGUUUGAGCAAGCCUUUAGUUUUCAUGGGAAAACUUUUCAUAGAAUCCAACAAAUGCUUCCUGAUAAAUCUAUAGCAAGUCUGGUGAAGUUUUACUACUCCUGGAAGAAGACGAGGACUAAAACCAGCGUGAUGGACCGCCACGCCCGGAAGCAGAAGCGGGAGCGGGAGGAGAGUGAGGAUGAAUUGGAAGAAACAAAUGGAAAUAACCCCAUUGACAUUGAGAUUGAUCAAAACAAGGAAAGCAAAAAGGAGGUGCCCCCUACAGAGACAGUUCCUCAGAUCAAAAAGGAGAAACAUAGUACACAAGCUAAAAAUCGAGCAAAAAGGAAACCUCCAAAAGGAAUGUUUCUUUCUCAAGAAGACGUGGAGGCCGUUUCUGCCAAUGCCACUGCGGCCACCACGGUGCUGAGGCAGCUAGACAUGGAGCUGGUCUCCAUCAAGCGGCAGAUUCAGAAUAUUAAACAGACAAACAGUGCUCUCAAAGAAAAACUUGAUGGUGGAAUAGAACCGUAUCGGCUUCCGGAGGUCGUUCAGAAAUGUAACGCGCGCUGGACCACGGAGGAGCAGCUCCUUGCGGUUCAAGCCAUUAGGAAAUAUGGCCGAGAUUUUCAGGCAAUCUCAGAUGUGAUCGGGAACAAAUCAGUGGUACAAGUGAAAAACUUUUUUGUAAAUUAUCGACGCCGCUUCAACAUAGAUGAAGUUUUACAAGAAUGGGAGGCAGAACAUGGGAAAGAAGAGACCAAUGGGCCCAGUAGCCAGAAGCCUAUCAAGUCCCCGGAUAAUUCUAUCAAGAUGCCCGAAGAGGAAGACGAGGCCGCUUCUGUUCUGGACGUCAGAUACGCAUCUGCUUCCUGAGGAGCUCUGGUAGCUUCGAGCACUCGGUAUGGACGACUGUGUUACCCAGGAUAUCAGGUAUUACAGACAUCACCUAGCCAUCUGCAUCACACCUCUGUGGACAAGCAGCUAGUACCAAAAACGGCUCACCCUCCGGUCCCGCGCUGCGUCUGCCUUAACGCUGUGCUCGCUCCUCCGAGGCGGCGCCGCGCCUCUCCCGCUCCGCCCCCGAGCCGGCGGGGUCUCGUGGCCCGCACGCCUCCCGCGACCCCGGGGACCCUCCCCACCCCCCCGGUCGGAGUUCCUGAGCCCCAUGAAUGGCAGCUCUGCCCAGUCAGCAGCUUCAAACAGGUAGUCGACUUGGAAGGCACGACCCUGUUCCUGCAUGGCCUGCAACUUCUACCUGGUGCGGGAUGUGAUUUUCAGAGUGACUGUGACCUGUUGGCCUCGGAGGAGGUUUCUCUUGUUCUCCUCUGAGGCGUCCAGCCAGGUGGCGUCAUGCUUCUUUGGAAAUCACAGGAUGUUGGCAAAUCGCACUGAACCUUGGUCGUGCCAAACACCCCGAGACCGCUCCGUCCCCCGGACACCGGGUGUGACUGUGGUCUGUAAUUGAGCUGGCUCCCUUUGCGCCCUUCUCCCCUCCCAGCUGGUAGAAAGCUCAUUCACAGCAACUGUCCUUGGACAUCAGCGAAAAGGGAAUGUGGACUCAACACUUUCUGCCUUCAGCUUUCAGCACUGGAAUCCCAGGACAGGUGCCACCCUGUCUCUCCCAGGUCCCCCGACCCCACCAUCCGGCUCCAAGAGACGUGGCCCCCACCACUGCACCUGGUGCUCGUGCAUUUGGAUUUGGUGCCUUCUCCUUUUGGCAAACCACGUUAUCAACCCUCUUUCUGUUUUAGUGUCUUAUUUCUUCUUUAAAGUCUAUCGCUUGCCAAAGAGAACAUCACUGAGAGGAGACAGGGGAGAAAUUGCUGCAGAUUCUGACAGUGCAGGCUUCAAGUGUCAGCUUAGCUCCAUAGAGGGGGUUAGAAUUGCUGGUGUUGGUUUUUCAGAGCUGCACGCUGUGCGUCCCCUUGCUGUUGGGACGCCGUGUCACUCCACACAGCCGUUCCUGUCCUCUAUGUGCUGAUGUGAUCGUCUGAACUCCCUCCUCUCUUCUGCUGUCAGAGUGCGGGACAGGCAAGUGGCCUGGUUGUCAGCUCUUGUGAGCCCAGGAUGACAAGCAGCAGUGCACAAAGUGGUCUCUAACGCCUUUGGUUGGACUGGGAACAAGUAAAUAUUUCUCGUAAAUGUUCUGAGAUUUCCAGAAUCACCUAGUCUCAUACUGGACUGUGGACCCGCGGCAGGGCUGAGGGACAGACCUCAGACGGCCCUCUCCCGCCCCCGCGCCACCCGCCGCCAUCCAGCUGCACUAAGUGUGUGGAAGGAGCUUUUCUCUCGCCGUAGGUUUGCAUCGUUUAAACCCUUCUGCUUUCAAUACCAAAAAGAAAAAAAAAUGCAGAUGCUUUAAGGCACAAACAGAAUUCUUAAGAAUUUAAAAUAUGCAAUUAAAAUUUGAUGUGUUUUGACUCCCAA